AAAGUAAUUCACUUGGAAGCAACUAGACAAUUGUGUUGUAAUCGUGUUGUUUCAAGUUGUUCAACUGACAACAAACUAGUUGCACUGACUUGUUUGAGUGAGCCAACAAAAUAGGCUUUAAUUUUAGACACCUCAGCACCUCAGCGCCUCCAACACCCCCCAGCUUAGUCCAAAUGAAGAUGAAUUCCGCGCUGUUUUUGAUUGGCGUCGCGGCGCUGUUCGGCCUUGCAACGGCCACCGAAGUGAGGUCAUGCCCGAAAUCCAAAGCGAAAGCGUUGGGCGCCGGAGAUGUGACCAUAUCGAAUUGUCCGAAGAACAAAUGCAUUCUGAAGCGAAAUACGGAGGCGAGCAUCGUAAUGAAGAUCCGGCCGGAGAGGGACUUUAACGAGCUCACCUCGGACAUACAGGGUAUUAUUCUGGAAGUGCCUUUGCCCUUCCCCGGUUACUAUGGGACCAGUGCGUGUCCGCACAUCUACGAUGCGUCCGGCGAGAACAAGGUGGGAUGUCCCCUCAAGGCGGGCGAGACGUACACGUACAAGAAUAGCUUCAAGAUACUGCCCGUUUAUCCGACAGUCAGUCUGGAGAUACACUGGGGACUGGGCGAUAAGCAGGGCGAUGCUGCCUGCUUCCAGAUACCCGCCAAAAUCAAGGCUUAGUUCUUGAAAUGAGUCGCAUUGGCCUUUUUGCAUAUUAGCUUGUAAGCUUUAUUUGUUAUCAUUAAAACGUAUGUUAUGCAUAGGUUAUAGUAACGAUUGGUUAAGUACAAUGUAAUUUAAAUACGAAUUGGA